GUUCAAUCCGGCGCUAGAUAGGAUGCCCCAACCAACAUGAAAGACAAGUCACAUACCAGCAAAUUCUAUAUACUUCACCCUCUCACCCUAAAAUUCCUUGAUUCAUUCCUUAUAUACACACACAUAUUAUACUAAUACCAUAUAUAGAGAUAUCAUAUAUCCACAUGCCUGAAGACUUCACCUUUCCGGCCACCAUUCAUCAUCUACCCUUCACCGACUCUCCGACGUGGUUCUCGCCGCCACCUAACAUCAUCAACACUCGCAAACAAGCUCACCGGAAAACCUUCUCCGGUGGAUGGACACCGGAAACAUUGAAAAAAGACUUGAGAGUAGCUUCUUCGCCAAAAAGCAAUGACAGAGGUGAUCAUCGAUAUCUUUAUGAAGAGAGAAUGGACAUGCUAUGGGAGGACUUCAAUGAGGAGUUGCAGUGCAAUGCUGUUAAUAUUCCUUGUGAAUUAAGAAGAAGAGAUGUUGACUCUUCGGUGGUGGAGCUCCGGCCAGACCAGGCUCUUCGCAGGAGACGACCAAACUUGUUGUUGAUGUUGAAGGUGUUGAGGAAGCUGUUCUUGAUUCAGAGGACUCAAACUAGAAGGAGAGUGGUGGUACAUAGAGAAGCAACUUAAUUAAAUAGGCCAUGCAUGCAUGCAUGGCUUGUGUUUGGGUUUGAAGUAUUUGGCAAAGGAGGAGAUUAUUAUCAUUAGCUUGAAAGGUAUUCAUAUUUUGUAAAUUUUAUAGAUGAAUUUAUACAUCUUAAUUUGAUAAUUAAGUUAUAGGUGUUUGAAUCUUC